GCCACCCUCAGAACCUACUACUGCCCAGCCAUGGACCACAACCUGCUGCUGCUGCUGCUCCUGGGACUAGCAGGCCAAGGCUCAACUGACAGUCAUCCUGAGGUGCUACAGGCACCGGUGGGGUCAUCCAUUCUAGUGCAGUGCCACUACCGGCUCCAGGAUGUGAGGGCUCACAAGGUGUGGUGCCGGUUCUUGCAGGAAGGCUGCCGCCCACUAGUGACCUCAGCAGUGGACCGAAGAGCUCCAGGAAGUGGGCACAUAUUCCUCACUGACCUGGGUGGGGGGCUCCUGCAGGUGGAAAUGGUGAGCCUGCAGGAGGAGGACACAGGGGAGUAUGGCUGUGUGGUAGAGGGAGCUGCAGGACCCCAGACCCUGCAUAGAGUCUCCCUGCUGGUGCUUCCACCAGUUCCUGGCCCAGGAGAGGGAGAGGAAGCAGAGGAAGAGAAAGAAACCUAUAGAACCAGAACCGGAAGUCUGCUCGAGGACCCCUCCGUGGACCCUUCUGCCAGUGCUGGUCCUCACGAGUUCAGACGGCGUGAGAACAGUAUCCCGCUGAUCUGGGGUGCUGUGCUCCUGCUGGCCCUGCUGGUGGUGGCUGUGGUCAUGUUUGCUGUGAUGGCCAGAAAGAAAGGGAACAGGCUUGGUGACUGUGGCCCGUCCCAAAGCACUGGAGUUUCAGGCACGGACUCUUCCUCAGGAGCCCAUCGUAGCAGUGACUCUGGACUACCCGGGCACACACCACAUGUGAGGCUCGACUCGCCACCUUCCUUUGACUCUGUCUACAUGGGCUCUUCUCUUGAUCCACCAUCAAGGAAAGCCCCAGCUCCACCCUCACAGCCCCCUCUGCCUCCUAAGGUUCUGAUGUCCGCCAAGCCUGUGACAUAUGCCACAGUUGUCUUCCCGGGAACGGACAAAGGUGGAAUAGCCUCGUGUGAGCCAGUUCAGGAUUGACCACACAGUCAAACCCCACCCAGUUAAUAACACACUUUAACUUAUACUCUUGAGAUCACCCCCGGGGAGUUCUCUGCAGCCCCUCCAACUAGCUCUGCCCUUUAUGCCCAGAGUGUGUCAGUGACUGCUCACUCGGGGCUCUGAUCUAGUAUCUUGGUUUGGUGGACACAGUGGUGUUCAGAUAUGAUUGAGGUGUUCCGGGGAAGAAUUUUCUUCUGCUGCUUCCUGGUGCUGUGUCUGCUAUAGUUACAUAUUGGCUAAAUAAACCUGGAAGAUGUGUAA